UGCGUCGACCAGCCCGCUGCCUGCUCUGCUGUCACGAGCCCUGUCCAGCCGACGGAGAGGUGGAUGGCGGAAUAAGCACUGACAUACACUUGUUACGACCUCAUCCUAACCACAUUUCACCGAUCGUUAAUAAUAACAAAAGGACUGUGAUUGUACACAACUGGAUGAAAAUCAAGACUAUUUGCUGAACGAUUGGUCAAUUGGUGAUGUAUUCCAGCAUUUAAAUGACAUUGCUAGCCAGCUAGCUCGCUAGCUGUUUAGCUAGCCUGACCGUGCAUAACUCGAAGCUAACUUCAUCUUCUUGGGACGUUGUGCUCGGCAGCGUAUAUCAGGAAACAUUUCUAUAAGCUAUAUAUCCUUGGUGAGAGGCUCGGCUUGAGUUAGCUGUCAUUGUCUGCAUUGUGCGCUGUCACAACCAGCAGCAGGCGUCGCUUCUAAUCAGAUAGAGAAGCAUUGAAUGAAACGGCUACCCCUAAGUCAUCGGAAGCGAGCUUGUUAACGGGGAUACCCUGCUGCUAGCUGAUCUACGGCCAGCCAGCUAAUCUAGCAAAUGCUAUCUAGGCUAGCCAGCGGUAAACCCGGAGCAAGUGUAUUAAGCUAAUUAUAAAGUUGUAGCUCACGUUUUGAACUGUUAAUUUGUCGGCUGCCACUAUUAGUGUCUGUAAGCCGGCAGUACUCGCCAGUUAGCACACAUACAUACUACUAGUUAACUUGCUUCCACUGCAAGGCCAGUUUGAAAAGCUGUCCAACAUCGGUUCAUUUUUACGGGAAAGGCCGGAGUGAGGACAGAAACCUGCAAAAUGCCGGCUGUGUCGAAAGGAGACGGGAUGCGCGGAUUAGCGGUGUUCAUCUCGGACAUACGAAACUGCAAGAGCAAGGAAGCUGAGAUCAAACGGAUCAAUAAAGAGCUGGCCAACAUUCGGUCCAAGUUUAAGGGAGACAAGGCACUGGAUGGCUAUAGCAAGAAGAAGUAUGUCUGCAAGCUUCUCUUCAUCUUCCUGCUUGGCCAUGACAUUGACUUUGGGCACAUGGAGGCUGUCAACCUGCUUAGUUCCAACAAAUACACAGAGAAACAAAUUGGCUACCUUUUUAUUUCGGUGCUGGUGAACAGCAACAGUGAGCUUAUCCGUCUGAUCAACAACGCCAUCAAGAAUGACCUGUCCAGCCGUAACCCCACCUUCAUGUGCCUGGCUCUGCACUGCAUCGCCAACGUGGGCAGCCGCGAGAUGGCCGAGGCCUUUGCUGGCGAGAUCCCCCGCAUCCUUGUGGCUGGUGACACAAUGGACAGUGUGAAACAGUCAGCCGCCCUGUGUCUGCUGCGUCUUUACAAGACCUCACCUGACCUGGUGCUGAUGGGCGAGUGGACAUCCCGUGUGGUUCACCUUCUUAACGACCAGCACAUGGGUGUUGUGACAGCAGCCAUCUCUCUCAUUACCUGUCUCAGUCAGAAGAAUCCAGAUGAAUUCAAGACUUGUGUGUCCCUUGCUGUUUCUCGACUCAGUAGGAUUGUGUCAUCGGCCUCCACUGAUCUUCAAGACUAUACCUACUACUUUGUUCCUGCACCUUGGCUUUCCUGCAAGCUGUUGCGUUUGCUGCAGUGCUAUCCACCACCAGAAGAUGGUGCCGUCAAGGGCCGGCUGGUGGAGUGUCUGGAGACCAUCCUCAACAAGGCCCAGGAACCCCCCAAGUCCAAGAAGGUGCAGCACUCCAAUGCCAAGAAUGCCAUCCUGUUUGAGGCCAUCUCCUUAAUCAUCCAUUAUGACAGUGAACCCAACCUAUUGGUGCGAGCCUGUAAUCAGCUAGGUCAGUUCCUGCAGCACCGUGAGACUAAUCUGCGCUACCUUGCUUUAGAGAGUAUGUGCACUCUUGCCAGCUCUGAGUUCUCCCAUGAGGCUGUCAAGACACACAUUGAGACUGUCAUCAAUGCCCUCAAGACUGAGCGGGAUGUCAGUGUCCGUCAGAGGGCAGCUGACCUACUAUACGCCAUGUGUGACCGUAGCAAUGCCAAACAGAUCGUUGCAGAAAUGCUGAGUUACCUGGAGACGGCUGACUACUCAAUCAGGGAGGAGAUGGUGCUGAAAGUGGCCAUCUUGGCAGAGAAAUAUGCUGUGGACUAUUCCUGGUACGUUGACACCAUUCUCAACCUCAUCCGCAUAGCUGGUGACUACGUUAGUGAGGAAGUUUGGUACCGUGUCAUCCAGAUUGUCAUCAACCGUGAUGAUGUUCAGGGUUAUGCUGCCAAGACAGUCUUCGAGGCCCUGCAGGCUCCUGCUUGCCAUGAAAACAUGGUGAAGGUAGGAGGCUACAUCCUGGGUGAGUUCGGUAACCUCAUCGCUGGUGACCCACGAUCCAGCCCCUUGGUUCAGUUCAACUUGCUCCAUUCCAAGUUCCACUUGUGCUCAGUGCCCACCCGCGCCUUACUGCUCUCUGCCUACAUAAAGUUCAUCAACCUGUUUCCUGAGACUAAGGCCACCAUCCAGGAGGUGUUGCGCUCUGACAGCCAGAUACGUAACUCAGACGUGGAGUUGCAGCAGCGAGCUGUCGAGUAUCUCAAGCUCUCCUCAAUUGCAAGCACUGAUGUCUUGGCUACAGUUCUGGAAGAGAUGCCCCCCUUCCCAGAGAGGGAGUCCUCCAUCCUGGCCAAGCUGAAGAAGAAGAAGGGACCCGGUGCUGUGUCAGUGUCAGAGCUGGAGGAGGGAAAGCGAGAAGGAGGGGAGCUCAAUGGAGGAGCCGAUAGGGGGACAGAGACAUCAGCCAUGGCUGCCUCAAAUGCUUCCACCCCCUCCCCUUCAGCUGAUCUGCUUGGGCUUCGCUCUGCUGCCCCAGUUGGCACCGCCGCUCCCAGUGCUGGCAGCUUAUUGGUGGAUGUGUUUUCAGAGGCGGGACCAACCGCCCCUUCAGCCGGUGUGAAUGAUGACGGCUUCCUAAGCUCUGCUCCCCCUUCUGCGGCUUCUGAGGAUCCUGCCCCUCCUCUGCCUGAGGCAGAAGAGCUUCUGAACAAAUUUGUGUGCAAGAACAACGGGGUGCUGUUUGAGAACCAGCUGUUGCAGAUUGGUAUCAAGUCAGAGUACCGCCAGAAUCUCGGGAGAAUGUACUUGUUCUACGGUAAUAAGACGUCUGUGCAGUUUGCCAGCUUCAGCACCACAGUCAGCUGCCCUGGGGAGCUGCAGUCUCAGCUCAAUGUACAGACCAAGCCGGUGGAGCCCCUGGUGGAGGGUGGAGCGCAAGUUCAGCAGGUGCUCAACAUUGAGUGUUUGAGUGACUUCUCAGACGCCCCACUGCUCAACAUCAAGUUUAGAUAUGGAGGAGCUUUGCAGAAUCUCACCCUCAAGCUGCCGGUCACCAUAAACAAAUUCUUCCAACCCACUGAGAUGACCUCUCACGAUUUCUUCCAGCGCUGGAAACAGCUCAGCCAGCCCCAACAAGAAGCUCAAAAGAUAUUCAAGGCCAACCAUGGCAUGGACACAGAAGUACUUAAGGCCAAGUUGUUGGGUCUGGGUACGGCCCUGUUAGAAAAUGUGGACCCCAAUCCAGAGAAUUACGUGUGUGCCGGAGUCAUUCAGACCAAGGCCCAACAGGUGGGGUGCCUGCUCAGACUGGAGCCCAAUGCGCAAGCUCAAAUGUAUCGUCUGACACUGCGUUGCAGUAAGGAUACCGUCUCAAGGCGUCUGUGUGAGCUACUGGCGCAACAGUUCUAGAGUCGGGGGGGGGGGCCACCACCCCGUAUCAUGCGCCCAGACCAUCAUGCUCGCUACCCCCUCCCCAACAAAGAAACUACCAAGACCAGCGUUUCAAAGUUUCACAACCCUUCACCCCCCCUCCCCCAUCCGCCAUCUGUCCCCUACCCCCAACAGAGAAUCUAUGAGUACAAAACAGAAAAAAGGUGUAACCUACAUAAGGGAAAAAGCAGCCGUCACUAGCUGUAACGGCCAUAUUAUUGUCUUUAUUAUUGUCACAAAUUGAUUCCAGUUCUACUUAUUAUUCCUGUUUAUUAUCCUUGGCGCUCUAAUUCUUGUUUUUAUUGGUGUUUACCUGUGUAUGUGGCGUGUAUGGACAUGACUGUGUGCGUGUGUUCCCAGAGUUGUGCUGGUAUGUCCCAUUCUGCUCCGUCCUGCCAGUCCUGUCCAAGCCCCGAGUGCACCUGUAGUUGAAAUGACAGCUAGCGUGUGUCUACCUGUGCGUGUGUCCACAAACAUUUUAGACAAGGGGGUACAUUGGGGGAUAUUUCGCUUAUCAGUCAUAGAUAAUUUCAUAUGAGCAACCAUUCCUUGAAGACAAAUGGGAGAACCCGCUCUUCAAACUAGCUUUUGCACACACACACACAAGCUUGUUACGAAUACAUGCCCAAACUUUGCUUUUGGCCAUUUUAUUUUGCAUGCUGGUUAAUGUUGGACAGGGUGUCAAAACAAAAUCACACUAAUAAAGUCAAGAUUUCCAGGGUCCAUGCUUCACACCCGAACCCCCUGCCUAUUAUCCAUCUUAUUCUGACCUAUUAGCAAGGAAUUCCCAAACCCUACAUUCCCAGUCUCCUACUCUAUUCCAGUGGAAAUGGCCAGUGCACUUUAAACGGUUUUGGGAGACUUCUCUAACCCGUGGCACCCUCAUUACUCCACCUACGCCCCACAGGUAUAUACAGUACUUUAUAUAGAAACAAAUAAUUCUACUCUUGUUUGUAAAAUGCUAUGGAAUCUUGUAAUUAAGUAGCCUUCUUGUCUUAUGUUUUGAUUACUUGUGUUUUUGUUUUUUUUUUCAUAGUGGGUUUAUGAUAUGUCAUUGAUGUGUUUCUACAUGUCAUCAUUGUAUCUUUUUUUUUUGCUCUCUGGGACAAUUCCAUCAGGCUUUUUUUUUAUUGUGUUUCAGAUUAGGGCCAGCAACAAGUGCACCCAUUUACUGGGUAGGCAUUGACUAUUGAACAAUGGCGUGGGGAGUGGAAGAGAGCGCUCAUUAAGCAUUGUAGCAGGGUAACUAGCCACGUUUACAGUGUUAAAACAGGAAUAAGUGAAGCCAGUUUUGUGUUGCUCCAAGCUCUUCAGGACAAUUUAUAACACAUGUAGCCUAAUUGGGCGGGAAGUGGUAAAAUGCCGUUUGACCACACCAAAGUCUCGGGAGGCCCUCUGACCUCGUAGUGAUAUCAGGUUUUGUGACUGACCACUGUGUGUUUGGAAAUAUCCGAAGAGAGCGUGGAGUCCACCUAUUUAGAGUUCAGGCAGAAAUGUGUUAUUUGCCCUUGGAUACCUAGUACAUGAGAAGUAGCCAACAAAUAGUUGCAGUGUUCACUUACAUAUUGAUUGUGCUGAAGGUUAAGAGAGAGGUCUGACAUUAAUACCAUUAAAUGUGACCUUUCUCUUUUUUUUUGUAAUUGUGCGUUGUCACACAAAUAAAGAUACGUAAGAACAUUACAAUUUGCAGCAAAGCGAGCCAUUGUCCUCUAAAACCUAGCUUUUUAUGCAUGUACCCUGCAGCACUUAUUUUCGUCUACAUUUCAGACAGGUUUACGGCUGAUUUAAAAUCGUUUCCCUUCAAGCACGAACACCCAUGCUCGCUCACUCAAAUACAGAGAGAAAGAAGGAUGACCAAUGUGACACUGUCAGUUGCAACUACAGGGGACUCUCGUUUGGGGUGGGCAUUGCGUGAUUGUUGAUGUAACGGAUUUGGAAAAGUUAAGAUAUGACGUUUAAAACGUGGUCAUAGAAGUUCAACAGGUAUCGCAUCCUGCGUCGCUCAGUGGCAUUUACAGGACAAUGAUCAUUGUAGUGGAACAUGUAGUCAUUGUCAUUGUGUGUGCGUGCGUGCGUGUGCGUCCAUGCAGUAUCCGCUAGCUAUUGCAGCCCCGUGUAUCGGUGUUAAAAGAAAACCCUGUCAAAUACCUGUGUUAGAUUUGAGAUUUACUCUGUACUGAAUAAUGUGAAAGUAAAACUAUGCCAUAU